AUGGUCUUCAAAGCAUUCAACCACAAUACCCAAACCAUCGCCUCCAAUUCUGAACAGAGAAUCAGUGACAAUGUCAAUCUUUCCACACUGUUAGAAAGAUUACUGACUUUUGCCUUCAAUUUGGCGAAAUUAUUCCAAUCAGCAACUAUAAAUGAUGCCAUAUACUUCAAUAAUCACCAAUCAAAAGCGAUUUUCCACGAAUUCUUGACGUCGACCGUGGCAUCGACGAUUUUUAUUGUCAAGACCAGCACCACCACCGACGUUCAAGACUCUUCUGAUCUGUCCCAAAAAGAUUCAUUCACGUUGAUGUCCCAGUUAUCUCUUGUUGAGAAUAGUGUUUCGACAAUUGUAUUGAUCAAAGAACGAGGAGCGAUUCUGGGAUCUGCGUCUUUAGACCAACAAAUACAGGUCAUCAAUCUCCCCAGACAACUCUACCUGCCAACAUCGUUGUCCUCCUCCUCCUCUGAUGAUGAUGAUGAUAAUGUCGGCCAAGAGAAUAAUUCGGCUUCUAAAGAUAACCGUAGAUCAUACGAAAUGUUGAAAACUUUGGUUAGUUUAGGGAUAUCCCCUUACUUCGAGGCCCUAGUGCAAGUAAACAACAACAACAACAGUACCACGACUUACAAAGAUACAGAGUAUGACAAACCAUCAGAAGAAGAAAACAAUAACGCCAUCAUUAAUACCAAAAAGAAGUUCGGAGAAUUAGCAUUGUCGUUACAACAUAUUUUACAAUCGGUUCAUGUUCCCGAUUUAGUAUUAUCAGUGCAUCCGGCCAUCAAGUUAGCGGUGGAACAAUCCAUUGCCGCUGGCGGAACCAAAGAUCCCGUGGAAUUCUUGCCCAAUGAAUUGUUAUCGGACUCGGUGUUCUUGAAUAAAUUACAAAAUAUUGUCAACGAGUGGGUUAAAGCCGCCCAAGAUACCUCGAGGUUGGCGAAAGACACUAUUGAUGGGAACGUGGUGGACGAAAUCAACUUUUGGUCUUCUAUGGAAUCAGCAUUAUUAUCGAUCCAAGAUCAACUAAAUUCUAAAGAAAUCCAGACAACCUUAAAUGUAUUGAGAAAUGCUAAACGAUUUUACGCCACCGUCAGCUUGUUGUCGGAUACCGGGUUGAAAGAGGCCUUGGCCACCGCUAACCAAUAUAACCAAUUAUUAAAGGAUUUGCCAAUUGAAGAGUUAUUAUCGGCUUCCACAUUUAAAAAAGUCGAAGAAGCAAUUGUGUUGAUAAUGAACCAUAUGAAGAAAUUAAGAGUCACUUCGUAUCCUAUUAGCCGGGCGUUGAAAUUAGUGGAAUCCGUUUCGUUCGAAGUUGAUAAGAAAGUGAAACAGUUACUUUCUGGGGCCCAAGUGAGGGUCAUGGAUUUACCGUACGAGGCAUUCUUACAAAAAAUCGACGAAAUCAACUCGGUUUUCACGUUGUUUGAUAAACAAAUUAAAGAAUUCACUAAUCUCGCUAGAGAAUUGUUGAGAAAGCGAUCGGAGAAAUUCAUUUUCAUCAAAAUCAACUCGCACACCGUGGCCUUCAGAGAAAGAUUAGGGUACUUGUACGAUUUUAGAGUCGAGCAUAACGAGAUGAUCCUUGCGUUAUCUAAUAUUAUCAAUCCAGCAAAUACCAACAAAGAUUUUUUCCUCCAAUCGUCCAUGCUGGUGGUCCAUAAACUCAGUGAACAGGAUCCGAUCGCCGAAAUGGAAUUCGCUUAUGAAGCAGUGAGAGUAAUCAACAUUUCUGAUACCAGUAUCGAAGGUAAGAAAAAAUGGGACGUUGCGGAGAAAUUAUACAACACGAGAAUUGAGAAAGUGGAAAAUACCGUGACCAUUAUGCUUAGAGAAAUCAUUUCCAAAUCCAAGACUUUCACCGAGAUUUAUUCUAUUUUCAAAAAGUUCAGCUUCUUAUUAACUAAGCCCUCGAUAAAUGCGUCUGUUGAAGAGUACCAAGAUAAAUUGUUGGGGAUUGCCAGACGGGAUCUUGCCAAUUUGCAAAACCAUUUCUUGAAGCAAAAUGAGUCUAGAGCGUUAUUCGCCAAGAAAGAUAUCCAAAACAUCUCGUCGGUGAUUAUCUGGGCCCGGCAAAUCGAAUCAAAAUUGAAUUCUCUUCUCGAACGUUUGCAACUCAUUUUGGGACCAAAUUGGAACGAAUACGGCGACGGCCAGAAAAUUCACAGCGAAGCAUUAGUGUUUAAGAAAAAAUUGAAUGUCGAUAAUAUUUAUGAUACUUGGUUGCGGGAGACUUCAUUCACAAAAAUCUCCUCGGCGGUCAGCAACCCUGUGCUCAAAAUGUUGAAAAAAAAUGAUGACGAGUAUGAAUUAUUGGUGAAUUUCGAUCCUGAUUGGAUAUUGUUGUUCAAAGAAGUGCGGAAUUUAUGCUACCAAAAUUUCCAAGUUCCUCACCAAGUGAUUUCCAUAUCCAGAACCGUCAGAAGAAUCUAUCCAUUUGUGAUUUCGUUAACCGAAGCCAUCAAGAAUUUGCAUAAGCUGUUGAAACGGUUUGAUCAACUCAAAGACCUUAGGGUAUUAUUGAUUGAUGAAAAAAAGCAGCUUUUUGAACUUUUGAAAGAAUGUCUCAAUAUCACUUGGGAUGACUUGGUCAAGGCAUAUGAUUACCAAAAAAUGAAUACCAAGAUCAGACAAGCCAGUCAAAAGGGCAAACGAGUAUCUUCAAGCUACAGUUCUGUGUCUAUUAGCGGUGCUGAAACCCUGGAAGAUGAUUUGAUCGAAAACAAGUCAUUAAAAUUGGUCAGCGUGUUUGAAAGCUCGUUAGAAAAAUUCCAAAGUGAUAUUAUAGGGGUAGAAAACUACAUGCUCAAAAUUUCGGGAUUAUUGCUUGAGUUAUUGGACUGUGAAUAUGGGUAUAAACCGUUCCAAUCUAGAGUAGAGGAGAUCCAGAAAAUCAUCAAUAAAAUCAUCUUGGAAAAUUAUGGUAAAGUCACGAUUCUUGUCACCAAUAUCAAUAGAAAAAUUGAAGAAAUCUUGAGAAAACGAUUAAUCGAUAAACUUAACAGUAUAAACCAACUGAACUUGCAUGAGUUUUUACCGGAAACAAAGCACGAAAUCAUUUUAAAGAAUUUGACGAUCUAUAUCACUCCGGCGAUUGAAUAUUCAAAGCAAGCCUGGAUGAAUUCUAUUCAGGAAUUGGUGAACGUGGCUAGAAAGCAAAAGAAAAUCACCCAUCAGAAUUUUGAUAUUCUUUAUUCCGACAAUGGUGCAUCAUCAGAUUCAGAGCUUAGCAUUUGCUCAUCAUUAGAGUUUUCCAGUUUGGAAUUUUCUGCGGAAACUGAGAUCUCCACGGUGCUCAAAUUGAUAAGUGAGGAAUUCACAAAAUGUGAAGUGUAUGCCAAUGAAUGGUAUAACUUCCAAUCAUUAUGGGACUUGAGACCAGAAGACCUUUAUAAAAACUUGCAAAAAGAUAUCAGUCUUUGGAUCCAGGUGCUAAAUGACAUUCGUCAGUCCAGAAGGGUGUUUGAUACUGUGGACACCAGCAAGAAAAUUGGACCUUUAUUAUUCGAAUAUGAACAAACCCAACUUCGGGUGAAUUCCAAAUACGAUAACUGGCAGAAGGACGUGCUUUUGAGCUUCUCGGAAAUUUUGGCUAAUUCCAUGAAAGAAAUGGGUUCGGAACUUGGCUCUUCCAGAAAAUUCCUUGAGGAAACCAGUAUUAAUGUUUCUUCCACUAAAGAAACUAUUCAAUUGAUUGCCAACGUUCACAAAUACAAUGAUUGUUUGGAAAGCUGGGGGAAAAAAUUAGAGUUAUUCAGAACCGGGCAAAACCUUUUGGUGAAAAAUCGAUUUGCAUUCCCCUCUGACUGGUUACAUACCGAACAAGUUGAGAAUGAUUAUGAUGCCUUGAACAAAAUUUUGACUAAAAGGUUAUCACAAAUUGAAGUCGAAAACCAUGUUAUUGUCAAGCGGUUUGAAGGUGAGUUUGCGAGAGUUGAGGGUCAGAUAAGCACAUUUAAAGAUGACUGGAGCGAUAAAAAACCGGUUUCUGGGUCUUUGGUGCCAUCUGCUGCUCUUAAUCUAUUGAGAAGUUUUGAACAAAGACUUGACAAUUUACAGAAUCAAAAAUCGUUAUUGGAGCAAGCCGCGAAAAUAUUGGUGUUACCGAUGUCCUUGAAUGAAAACUUGAACGGUUUGCCGGAAGAAGUGGCUGAUUUCAAAUCGGUUUGGAGCUCCAUUGAAAUCUUAUAUAAUUCUUUGCAAGACAUUAGACGCACUAUAUGGACCGAGGUUUCUCCAAGAACCGUUAGGCACCAAUUAGAUGAAUUAUUGGCUUCUGCCAGAUCGAUGCCAAGCAAAGUUCGGCAAUACUCUGCCUUUGAACAACUCCAGAAUCAAUUCAAAUUGUUAAUAAAGGUGAACCCGUUAUUGUCAGACUUGAAAUCAGAAGCGUUGAAGGAACGCCAUUGGAAGGAACUAUUUACCACCAUGUCCAUGGACUUUGUUCCUCUCCAGGUGAUGACUUUGGGAGACGUUUGGGAUUUGCAUUUGCAACUCAAUGAGGCAAUAAUCAAGGAGUUGAUAGCUAAAGCCAACGGUGAAAAGAUUUUAGAAGAUUUCCUCACCAAAGUUAAAGAUAAUUGGGGUAGUGUGACAUUGGAUUUGUUCAAUUAUCAAACCAAAUGUCGUCUCGUUAGAGGCUGGGACGCGUUGUUCAAGCAAUGCAGUGAAGAUAUUGAUUUGUUGGCGGCGAUGCACCAUUCUGCGUUUUUCCUGAUUUUUGAGCAAGAAGCUAAUUCUUGGGAAAACAAAUUAAACAAAUUGUACGUGUUAUUGGAUAUUUGGAUCGAUGUUCAAAGACAAUGGGUUUACUUGGAUGGUGUAUUUGGAGAAAAUAAGGAUAUUAAGCGUUUACUUCCUAUCGAAUCGUCAAGAUUUCAAAAUAUCACAGUGGAGUUUUUCAGGCUCUUGAAAGUGAUUUAUAAGUCACCUUUUGUUAUUGAUGUUAUAGAAAUUGAGGAAAUCCAAUCGACCAUGGAAAGAAACUUGGAAAUUUUGGCGAGAAUCAGAAAAGCCUUGGGCGAUUAUUUGGAAAAACAACGAGAAUUCUUCCCUCGGUUUUAUUUCAUUGGCAAUGAUGAUUUAUUAAAUAUCAUUGGUAAUUCCGAUGAUCCAAAGUUCAUUGGGAACUAUUUGAAUAAAGUGUAUGGCAAUAUCCACGGUAUCGAUUAUGAUGGCGAUGCUAUUACUGCGGUGUUCUCGAAAGAACAGGAAGUGGUUAAAUUGCUCGAGCCGGUGGUAGUUGGAAACUACUCUUCCCUCGUGGAAUGGUUGAAGGAACUUGAAUUCCAACUCAAGCAAUCCUUGGCAUUAUACGUUGAGCAAGCGGUUGGAGAUUUGAUCGAACUUAUCAAAUCUGGAGAACUCAAAUUAGAUUCAUUUUUAGCCUGGGUACGCCUUUAUCCUUGUCAGGCUUUGUUGCUUGCAUUACAAAUUUGUUGGACCAAAGUGGUUGAAGAGGCCAUCAAAUCUGGCGACUUUACAGAAUUAAAAGAAAGCUUUGAUGUGCUUUUAACUUUGGUGUCUUCUGCUGUCAUGGAAAAUCUCAGCACCGUAGAUCGUCAAAAACUUGAGAUCCUUAUAAUUGAAGUUGUUUACGAGUACAAUGUAAUUGUUAAAUUACAAACCCAGAAUGUGAAUUCGUUAACCAGUUUCAUUUGGAAGUCUAAGAUGAAGUACUAUUUGAAUAAGACCUCCUCUGACCAUUUUGAGAAAAUCUCUAUCAAGCUUAUUGAUUCCAUUUAUCAUUAUGGUUUCGAAUAUCAAGGGCUAACUCCGAGCUUGGUGAAAAAUAAUAUCAUUGAAGGUUCUUUUAUCAGCUACAACGAAACCCUAGCUUGCAAGAAAGGCGGUUGCUCUUUUGGGCCUGCUGGUACUGGUAAAACUGAAUCGGUGAAGGAGUUUGCUAAAGCGCUUGGUAGACCCGUCUUAGUUUUCAACUGUGACGAGUCAUUUGAUUUUUCCGCCAUUAGCAGGAUUUUAUUGGGUAUUUGUCAAGUGGGGGCUUCUGUUUGCUUCGAUGAAUUUAAUAGACUCGAUUCACAAAUGCUUAGUGCAGUUUCUUCUCAGAUCGAAAAAAUUGAAUUGGGUCUCAGUCGCAAAGAUACUACCGUUGAUCUUUUGGGUACCACCACCAAGUUGAACAGAAACACCUCGAUUUUCAUCACCAUGAACCCAACUUAUGCUGGUAGAUCUACAUUGCCUGAGAACUUGAAAAAAUUGUUCAGAAGUUUUUCUGUCAGCAAGACCGACAAGGAGGCAAUUACCGAGGUCAUUUUAUUCUCACAAGGUUUCAAGAACGCCAAAGAGAUUGCCAAGAAAGUUAUUCAGUUAUUCAAUGGACUUCAAUUAAAACUUACAAAACAAAUCCAUUAUGACUUUGGGUUAAGAGCGAUUAAAUCAACCAUCAACUAUUGCGGUAAACUUAGAAGACAAAACUUAACCGCCGACGAAAAUCACCUUAUUUAUCAAGGUAUUCAUACCUCCAUUGCCCCCAAACUCGUACAAUCAGAUUCCAUGAUUUUCAAAGAUCUAACCGAAAGCAUAUUUGGUGGCAAUCUUGAGCAGAAAUCCCAUCAUGAAUUGGUGUCGUACAUUGAAAAAGUUAUCGUCGAGGAAAACCUUUCGGCUAAUCCAGAAUUCCUUCAAAAAGUAUUGCAAUUACAUGAAUUAUCCACAAACCAUCAUGGUACUAUGAUGGUGGGAAGCUCAGGGUGUGGUAAGACCACUGCGAGAAAUGUGUUAUUGAAAGCUUUACAAAAAUUUGAUGGUGUGGAAACCCUUUCAUACGUGAUUAACCCAAAAAUUUCAAAAGACAUUCUUUAUGGUACAUUGGAUGUCACCACCAGAGAGUUCAAAGACGGGAUUUUCACUAGCUUAUUGAGAAAAAUCGUUGCCAAUCUUCGUGGCGAAUUAUCAAAAAGAAUCUGGAUCAUUUUCGAUGGUGAUGUGGAUCCUGAAUGGGUGGAAAACUUGAACAGUUUGCUCGAUGAUAAUAAGGUGUUCACCCUUCCAAAUGGUGAACAUAUUUCGCUCCCUGAUAGUGUCAGAAUCAUAUUUGAAACCGAUUCUUUGAAACAUGCUACCCCAGCAACCGUCAGUAGAUGUGGUAUGGUAUGGUUUUCUGACUCAUUGAUCAGCGCUCGUGAAGUCUUGUCAAUGUACGUGAAAAAAUUCGAAGCUUCUGACUUUGCUUCUGGUGAAUCUGUUGAUAAACUGGUGUUUUUGAGAAAGUUUUUCAGUAAUUGUAUCCAGAAAACUCUUUUGAACAGCGAAUCUGACAUCCUUGACAUUAUCAUAAAACACAGUUCAGAAUUGAAGCACAUUUUCAAGUUUAUUGUCAAAGAGAAGAUAGAUAUGAUGGUAUCAAUUUACUGUUCUUUAUAUAAGAAACUUGCCACCACCUAUCAGGAAAAUGAUAGUCUUUUUGAUAAUGAUAAUAUCAAGACCUAUGCUCUCAAGGCUUUGAUUUUCUCGAUAUAUUGGUCAUUUUGUUCUGACUGUCAAACUGAAGAUCAAGAGAAGUUCAAUUCAUUUAUUUGCCAACAAUUCGAUAUAGUCGAUGGAUUGACAUUAUUGAAUGAAACCAUUCUGCUUCCUGAUAUUUCUUGGACUAAAUGGUCUUCAUUGGUUCCUGUGGCAGAUCUUGAAUAUCUGGACGUCAAUGAACAAUUGAUAAUCCCAACCGUUGACACUGUUAGAUUGGAAAGUUUCAUCAACAUCUUCCUUGAACAAAACAAAUUCUUGAUUUUGUGUGGGCCUCCAGGUUCCGGGAAAACCAUGACGGUUUUGGAUUGUUUGAGAGCUUCAAAUAGAGAGUUGAUCAGUAUCAAUUUUAGUGGUAAGAGUGUUGUCGAUGAUUUGUUAUCUGCGUUACACCAAUAUUGCAUGUAUUCGCGUACCAGCUCCGGCGUGAGUUUAAAGCCAAAAUCCAACAAGGAAGUCGUGUGCUUUAUUGACGAAAUCAAUUUACCUUCAUUAGAUGAUUUUGGAUCGCAGCCGAUUAUUUGUUUCUUGCGGGAGUUAGUUCAAAGUGGUGGGUUUUACUCUAAGGAAAACGUGUUUGUGAAAUUGGAAAAUGUCAAGUUUGUCGCCGCCUGUAAUCCGUCUACCGAUCAAGGCCGUCAUCAGCUUUCUACGAGAUUUUUGAGCCUUUGUCCAAUCAUUUUUGUGGAUUAUCCUAGCGGUGAGAGUUUGAGAACGAUUUAUAGAUCUUUUGCUCAACAAGUUUUCAGUCGUCAACAAAUUAUUUAUCCAUUCACCAUGAAUAUCGUUGAUAUGAUGAUCGAUAUUUAUUAUCAAUUGAGAACAAAAAUUGAUGUGUUAUCACCUAGAGAUUUGACGAGACUUAUGAGAUCUAUUUUCUUCGGAGUCGAACACAACUCUGACAAUGAGGAAAUGACCCUCAAUGAUUUCUUAAGAUUGUUUGUCAAUGAAUCUUUGAGACUUUUCAGCGAUCGGAUGUCUAGUUCCGAGGUUAAGGAAUGGAUUUUGAAUGUUUUGAAAGAAAAUAUCGCUAAAUCGUUUGAAACUUGUGACGGCGCCUAUAUUUUCAAGCAACCGAUCUUAUAUUCCAAGUGGUUAUCGACAUCGUAUUCUCCGGUGGAAAUCAACGAAUUUCGGUCGUUUGUUAAUGAACGUUUGAAGGUUUUCAGCAAUGAAGUGCUAGACACCAAACUAGUAUUGUAUCAAGAUUGUUUAGAUUAUAUUGCUCGAUUAGAUCGUGUGCUUUCUUUACCACAAGGUCAUCUAAUUUUGGUGGGUGAUUCUACAAGCGGGAAAACAACCCUUUCUAGAUUUGUUGCUUGGGUGAAUGGUAUUCAGGUGGUUCAAUUAGCAGUGCACAGAAACUUUUCUUUGCAAGACUUUGAUGCCACUUUACGAGGAAUCCUUAGACGUGCUGGUGCCCUUGGUGAAAAGAUAUGCUUUAUCAUUGAUGAAUCUAACAUUCUUGAAUCAUCAUUUAUUGAAAGAAUGAACACCCUUUUAGCAAAUUCUGAAAUCCCUUCUCUCUUCAGCGGCAAUGAAUUCAGUGACUUGAUGUCUAUUUGUAUGGAACAAACCCAGCAACUUGGACUUCUCUUGGAUACCGAAGAAGAACUAUAUAAGUGGUUCACUCAACAAAUAUCUCAGAACUUGCACGUUAUUUUCACGAUCAAUUCCCCCGAUGACUCCAACGGUCCGCAAAUUCUUUCAUCGCCUGCAUUGUUGAAUAGAUGCGUGGUUAACUGGAUGGGUGAUUGGUCGAACGAUACUUUGUUUGAAGUCGCUUCCGAAAUGCUUGGCUCGGUGUCUUUUGAUGAUAGGAAUAGUGCAAUGCUGGCGUUAAUCGAUAUCCACAGAUUUCAUUUUGGCGAAACCAGUAAUGAUUCUCCUAAGAGAGUUCCUGCCAAUUUUGUUGAUCUUUUGGAAAACUUCCUUAAAUUAUACCGUGAAAAGGAAUCAGAAUUGGAAGGCCACCAAAGACAUAUCAAUGUAGGCCUUGAUAAAUUCAGAGAUACCGUGAUUCAGGUGAAAGAUUUGAAAGACACUCUUUCUAUUAAACAGCAGCAACUAAAGGCCAAGGACAUUGAAGCGAAAGCAAUGUUGGACAAGAUGUUGGUGGAUCAAAAUGAGGCUGAAAGAAAACAAGAGGCUUCUAUACAAGUCAAGGAAGCAUUAAAGAUUCAAGAAAUAGAAAUUUCCGAGCGUACAACCAUUGUGAAUGAGAAUAUGGAAACCAUGAUCCCAAUUAUUGAGGCUGCUGCUCAGAAUGUGAAAAAUAUUAAGAAACAAAACUUGAGUGAACUUAGAUCGAUGAAUAAUCCCCCAGACGCAGUGAAAAUGACUCUUGAAUGUGUUUGUGCAUUGUUAGGUUUUGGUAGAAAGACCACAUGGAAGGAAAUCCAGACAAUAACUCGUCGUGAUGAUUUUGUGUUGAGCAUUUUGAACUUUGAAAACAAUAUCACUCCAGAUCUUAGACAAUACCUUCAAAACACAUAUUUCUCUCAUGCAAACUUCAAUGUCAAUUCGGUUACACGAGCUAGUAAAGCUUGUGGCCCAUUGUUGGCAUGGAUUGAAGCUCAGGUUAAGUACUCCCAUGUGUUGGAUCAGGUUGAGCCAUUGAGAAAUGAAGUGUUGGGGCUCGAGGAGUCAGAAAAGGAAAAUAAAGCCAAAUUGUUAGCUAUUGGUCAAAUGCUUCAAGAACUUGAGUUAAAGAUUGGUCAGUAUAAGGACGGCUAUAGUUCUCUUAUCAGGGAAAUUGAAAAUAUCAAGACUGAAAUGUCUUCGGUGGAAAAGAAAGUGGGACGAAGUUUGGCAUUAAUGGAUAGUUUGGUUCAGGAAAGGGAACGGUGGUCGAAAGUCAGUUUUACUCGUGAGCGCUUACAUUUGCUGGGAAACUGUAUGAUUUCCGCAGCGUUCUUGAGUUAUAUGGGUUAUUAUGAUCAGAAAACCAGAAAUCAUGUGUUGAGAGUGUGGAAAGAAACUUUGAAUGAUAAAGGAAUUGUGUUUGAUAAAAAUCUCAUCAUCAGUGAUUUCCUCUCGACUCCAGGCGAAGUUCUUUCCUGGCAAAAGAAGGGUCUCUCUAGUGACGAAUUGUUGACACAGAAUAUGGUAAUAAUCAAGAACAGCAAUAAAUAUCCUUUCAUCAUUGAUCCAUCAGGCCAAAUCGUCCAAGUUAUCUCUAAUAUUAUUGCUCCUAAGAAAUUGAUCAUUACAAGUUUCUUGGACAAAGGGUUUGUUAAACAAAUUGAGCAUGCGUUGAGAUUCGGAACAUCAAUUCUCAUUGAGGAUGCAGAAUAUUUGGAUCCUGUUAUUAGUGGUAUUUUAAAACGGGAAUUCACAAAUACUGGUGGUAGACUGUUAUUGAAGUUGGGCUCUCAGGAAAUUGAUUGCUCGCCAGAUUUCAAACUAUAUUUACAUACCAGGAACCCUCAAGUGCAAAUUCCAUCUCACAUUUCUGGAAGAUCUACUAUUGUUAAUUUCACCACUACAAAAAGUAGUUUAGAGAGCAAGGUCUUGAACUUAACCCUUUUGAAAAAAGAACCUGAGGUGGAAGAAAAGAGGCAAAAUUUGAUAAAGAUGAAUGAUGAGUACAAGGCUCAUUUACGGAAACUUGAAGAGGAUUUGUUGACCUCUUUAGGGGUCACCACCGGCAGUAUUUUAGAUAACGAUGAACUCGUGGCCACUUUAGAAAAUAUCAAAACCGAAUCGAACGAAAUUGAAAUCAAAAUGAAAGAAAGUGAUAAUGUUAUGAGCACUAUCGAAAACAUCCUGGAUAAAUACACUUCGUUGGCUUCCCAUUCUUCGGCAAUUUUUGCUGUUCUUAAUUCUUUGAGCUCUGUCAACCGGUUCUAUCAGUUCUCCUUGGAGUAUUUCCUCGAUAUUUUCAAUCAUAUUUUAUGUCUUCCGAAUGACUCUGGUGAUGCAGUUGAGUUUUUCGUUCAUCAAUUGUACAAGGAAGUUUAUCAGAGAAUAUCCUUAAGCUUAAAAGAGCUUGAUAGAAGUACCUUAGGGUUAUGUUUAUAUUUUGUUUACAUAAAAUCCAAGUUUGGUGAUGAUGCUUCCUUUGCUGUUAAGAGCUUAUUGAACUCUGUUGGCCAAGGCGAUUAUGAAAAGGCUCUAUUGAAGUGCUUUAAUUUGCUAAAUAUUUCGAAAACUAAAAUAGAUAAAUUUGCUAAUGAUUUGAGUCAAGUGAGUUUUGACCAAAUUUUUGAAUCUGUCAAUGGUGAUGAUAAAGACAGAAUACUAGGUUUGAAAACUAUGUUAUCAAUAGUAUUCAAUCAGCUCACUAAUUCUUCUUCUUCUUCUUCUUCUUCUUCUUCUUCUUCUUCUUCUUCUUUCCUCUCUUCUGUUCCAGACAUUACCAAUCAAACUAUAGGAUUUGGCUCUAAUAAUUCUACUGAGACUGAAAACUUGGAAAAAGUAAUCAACAACUAUACCCAGUCAUCCACUCCAAUAAUAUUAAGCUGCUCCGAAGGUUUGGAUCCAACGUUUAAAGUGGAGACGGUUGCCUCUUCUAGGGAUAUGAAAUUGGUUGUUAUCGCCAUGGGCUCUUCAGAAGCAAUUGAUAUUUUGAACCAAGAAAUUAAAAAGGCGACUGCCGAAGGAUACUGGAUAGUUGUCCAAAACGCCCAAAUGGCUCCAUCUUGGUUAGAAUACUUAUCCAAACAAAUUGGCUCAUUUGCGCUGAAUAAAAAGUUCAGAUUAUUUUUGACUUGUCAUCUAUCAUCUGUGAUUCCAACAACCUUGUUGAGACGGUCCUACCUAAUGACAUUUGAAAAAGUUCAAGGCUUGAAGAGCUCUUUGAAUGAGGCAAUUACCAGUAUUUCAGAUAUCAGUGUGAAAAACACCCCAGUUGAGAGAAAGCAUGUGCUCUUUUUAUUAUCGUGGUACCAUUCAAUUAUCGAAGAAAGGUCAAGAUACAUUCCGAUCGGUUGGGGUGUUGAUCAUGAUUUUAAUAAUACUGAUUUCCAAUUCAGUAUGGAUAUAAUCGAUAGAGUUAUUGAUAAUGUUUCUACUGGAAGAGUCAAUAUUUCUCCAGAAGCCAUUCCUUGGGACGAAAUUCAAUAUUUAGUAGGAAAUCUUGGUUACGGUGGUAAAAUUUACGACGAUAAUGAUAAGGAUAGUUUGGAUAAGUUAACUAAGACUAUCUUCAGUGCGAAGUCAUUUGAAUUUGAUUACAAUUUAAUCGCCAAUGAUAUGACGGUUGAAACAGGUGAAUCUUUGAGUCCACCUGAGGGACGCACGCUUGAUGCUUAUAAAAGUUGGGUUAAUGCUUUACCUGAUAGCCAACCGGCAAGCUGGAUCGGGUUACAAAAUGAUGUUGAAUCCAUUAUGGUUAUUACCAAGGGUAAAGAAGUUUCCAAGCUUGUUCUCGAACUUGCUGAUAAUUUUGACGAGUUUUGA